CGGUAAUAAACGAGUAUCGCUUUUGGCCUAAGCAUGCAUGCAAUUGAGUCGCUUGCACUCUAUUGGCUGCUAAAGUGUCAGGAUCGCAUCACUGUUAUAAGAGGUUACUCUUACAUCACAUUACCAAAGAAGCGUGGCCGAAGUGCCUCUUUUUAUGGCGUUACCCUCUGCGAGACCCGAUUAGUGGGUUUUAUCGACCCGCAGUCCCUUUGACUGCUUCGAUAAGGUUAUACAUCGAUGCAGUCUAUUUCCCUUUCCCCGUUACUUAUUGUGGUGAGCAUUGGAUGUAACAGAGACAGGGAUGCUGUCAUGUUUAGUUACUGAGUGGAGUCAGCAAUCAAUCACUUUCUCCGAAGACUGGUAGCCUAAGUCAAGACAAGUCAAGACCCUGACCAGUCACAUUCUUGGGCGGCUGAUUCUGAUCUUUUCUUAUAUGUAUAUCAACUUUGUUGGUUUCCGCUUUACUUCGUUCUUCUGACUCGUCUAUUAAUCACGGAAUUUCCUCACUCAAAGGUCAUCUUUGAAGUGUGCCACUCGCUGCUCGAGACAGCCUACAGCAAACAAUCUCUUGUCAAGCCUAAUACCAUUACAACACUUUUUCGUCAUCAUUUCUCGAAGGAAUCAUUAUGGUUUCAGCUUCACCAGGACACGAAAGAGACCACGAUAAAAUGGCCUCGCCUCGACAAAAACAAGAGGCUUGGUGGAGAAUCCACCUCUUUCGUGGUAUGGUUAGUGACAUCCGUCGACGAAUACCAUACUAUGUUAGCGACUGGAUGGAUGCGUGGGACUAUCGUGUAGUCCCUGCUACAGUGUAUAUGUAUUUUGCCAACAUCCUCCCUGCUCUGGCAUUUUCUCUCGACAUGUUCCAGAAAACAGGGUCAAACUAUGGCGUCAACGAAGUUUUACUCUCCUCUGUUCUUGGAGCGGUCAUAUUCUCUCUGUUUGCUGCACAGCCGCUUGUCAUCGUCGGAGUUACGGGUCCAAUAACCGUCUUCAACUAGUAAGAUUACUGCUACUCACAAACAAUUUUGCAUCAUGGAGCUGACUGGGCUUUUGAAGUACCGUAUAUGAUAUCAUGAAGCCAACCGGCGUCAAUUAUAUUGGCUUCAUGUGCUGGAUCGGCAUAUGGUCACUUAUCCUUCACUGGAUUCUCGCCGUAACGAACUCCUGCAAUUGGCUUCGAUGGGUCACACGCUUCCCCUGUGACAUCUUUGGGUUUUACGUCGCCUUUAUCUACCUCCAAAAAGGCAUCCAAGUCCUAGAACAUCUCGGUAGAGGACAAGAGUUCUAUCUCUCCAUCGUUGCCGCUCUUCUUGUCUUCAUGGUAGCAUACGUGUGCGGCGAACUUGGCGGAAGCAGUCUUUUCCGCCACCCCUUGCGUGUGUUUCUCAAGGACUAUGGCACACCUUUGACAAUCAUCUUUUUCACUGGAUUUGUCCAUUUCGGCCGUAUGCAGGAGGUUGAUCUUGAGGUUCUACCCACUGGCAUCGCCUUUGAGCCUACCAGUGGCCGCGAUUGGCUUGUUUGCUUUUGGGAUUUGAGCGUGGGUGACAUCUUUCUAGCGCUGCCCUUUGCAGUUCUCUUGACCAUUCUCUUCUGGUUCGAUCAUAAUGUUUCUUCACUCAUCGCCCAAGGCAGCGAGUUUCCACUUCGCAAACCUGCUGGUUUCCACUGGGAUAUAUUCCUCCUCGGUUUGACAACUGGUGUUGCAGGUAUCCUUGGCCUACCAUUCCCCAAUGGUCUCAUCCCCCAAGCACCCUUCCAUACCGAGUCGCUCUGCGUUACAAAAGCUGUCAAGGAAGAUGAUGAAGAUGGCAACCCAGUAGGUGGUGGUUAUUCCUUCGAGGCCACACACGUUGUAGAGCAACGAUUUUCCAACUUUGCUCAAGGUCUCCUUACUUUGGGCACUAUGACGGGGCCUCUUCUAGUGGUUCUUCACUUGAUCCCCCAUGGUGUGCUCGCGGGUCUAUUCUUUGUCAUGGGUGUCCAGGCCCUUGAGGGGAAUGGUAUCACUGGCAAGCUUAUUUUCCUAGCUCGCGAUCGUGCCCUUACGCCUUCAAACAGCCCCCUACUUCAAAUUCGCCGGCGCUCAGCUAUCUGGUACUUUGUCCUCAUAGAGCUGGUUGGUUUCGGUGCCACUUUUGCUAUCACCCAGACUGUAGCCGCUGUCGGCUUCCCUGUCAUCAUUUUUGCCCUAAUACCAAUCCGUGCUCUGUUACUCCCCUACAUAUUCUCCCCCGAGGAACUCUCUCUUCUUGACCAACCAACAGCUUCCGAGUUCAUCAUGGAGGGAAUUGGGGGGUCAUGGGGCGGCAAGGACGACGAGAAGUCUGCUUUGCAGCAGAACGAUGCCCUCCGACGUCCAGAACAUCGCGAUAGUGUGCUUGCGCAUCCUGGUGCUCCUAGAAAGAGCCAGGAGGAUCUUGCAGAGCUAGGUCAAAUACAAUCUGGGCAGAGCACAGCGACAAGAAGGAGGAGUUUGGAGAGACGACCAUAAAGAAAGUCAACCCCAUAGAAAAGAGUAUGAUUUAUGUUUUGGAUAGAAAGAUAUAAGCCAGCGAGAUAACAUGUUUGGAGGAUAUACCACUGCUAGAUAGUCUCCCAUCUCCAAUAGAGUCCUGUAUACGUUAGUCUGAAGAAUCUAGAAUCAGUCUCCGUUAACCAUAUCUUGUACCCAGUUCUCCCGAGUCUUGGCCAUGACUUCCACAGGAUAGUAUGGCAGAGACCUGGUGGUGACGUUCGUUCAUUAAAUCUAGACGUGUCCAUUGCCCCUUUCCUACCAUGUUAUAUAGCAUGCACGCUCCAGACGCCAGUAAUUAUGCUACUUAAUAUCUACUCAUCAUCAUCACUAUCCACAACAAACCCACCCCGCACACGCGGCCUUCGAGUGACGACAGGUGCUUCAUCCUCAUCCUCAUCUCCAUUCUUAUUCACGCCGCCCAUUUCCUCAUCCUCGUCAGGCUGAGUCUUUUCAACACUGAUUCGUCUCCUCUUGCGACUCUCUCCAUCACUUCCAUCUGGCAAUGUUCCUUCCGGCUGCCCCUCGUUCUCUUCCUCAAGAGUUGUAUUCAUUGCCCUAAGAAUGAAAUCGUCGCCAGGAUCAGAAUCGUGACCAGAUUCAGAAUCUCCACUUCCUUCCUGAUGCUCCUCACUACUUGAUGCAGAUUCUGUAGCUGCAAUCCCACGCUUUCUAGUUGGCUUUCUAGGCACAGGAAGGCGUUCCGCAACGUGGCGAAUGGCCGCUGCCUUUGCUUUUAUCUCGCGUUCUCGAGCGAAGAAGGCUUCGUCGUACUCAGAAUCCGUUUCAUCGUCCUCGGGCCUUACAAACUCUUCUGAUCUAAAGCUCAUCAACCUGUCUUGCUCUUUUCUUCGCCUUUCUCUACGUUUCUUUUGUCUUUCUUCUUCGGUAAGUUCUUUUCGAGGCCUGCGUUUCCUGGGCGACUUCUUGGGGCCAUCUUCUUCAUCAAUGGGUCUGCGCACCGUGGGACCGAGCGGUCCGAACAUGGGGUCGUCAGGCUCGCCGGCCUCAUCAUCAUCGAAAUCGGCCUUCUUGCGUGGAGCACUCCUGCGUUUCAGCUGGUGUUCUGCCAGAACACCCUCCUCAAAUGUUGGAGGGCUGAACUCGGCUUGGUUGAUGUAGUGGAUAGCAUCCUUGAGAACGUCGGCAGACACAUCUGAAGGUAUGAUCCAUGCAGACUCGGGUGUUUCUUCUGACGCCGGGUCUAAUAAUUGAAGGCCGACGAGUUUCAUAAGGAGUCGCAUAUGAGAGUUCUUGAACAUGGCAUUCCGACGGUCCUUAUCAUCCGGGCGCACGUCUAAGCAUUAUUAGUAAACAAAGACUUAAAUCUCAGAAAAAACUCACAGAAUAUAGGAGGCGCUUUUGGCCCCGACUCUGUUGGCUGCUCUUCAGCUUCGUCUUGUACAGGCUCAACUGAAGCCAUUGCCUCUUCCGCUGCCAUGAAAGCUUCACGUUCGCUCUCAGCGUCGCCGAGGAUUUUCUUGAUCCAAGCGACAUGGUUUGCCUGGUUCUUGUCCAGCAUUGCUCCAACGACAAUGGCAAUCUGUCGGUCUAGCUCUUCAGUGUUUUUGAAGACCAGCUCAGCUGCAGGUUUGGCUUUGCUGGCUGUAGUGACAGUUUGUCGUUCGAAGCCGUACUCGAGAAAGAAGGCGGUGCUGGACCCCUUGCUGAAGAGCAUCUCCACAAGCAGUUCUGGCCGCUGUUCAAGCUUCUUGAAGCAUUUUCGCAGUAUCUGCUUCACCAACUCUUCCCACUCCUUGAACACUCUAGAGGACUUUUCAAGCGCAGCAGGGCCCUUGAUCAUGUUGUAAAAGAGGUGGAUUAUAUCCACACGGAAUAGCAUGACACUCGCUUCUGCUUUGAAAGCCACGCGAUAGAAGUAUCGAUGCGCUCGCUUGAGUUGCGAGUCUGUCAGAUCACGGUAAUACUUGGUGAAAGCGACAAAUGUAUCCACUACGCUCUGGGGCGUGAAACGCGUUGCAAAGCGAUGAAAGUCGAACUUUCGUUCUUUAGUGGUUCGCUCGGCGGAUGCGGCGUCAUUAUCUGAACCGUCAUUCUCGUCGUUGUCAUUUUCGAUUCCUGCAGCGUCUUGGGCAGCCUUCUUCUUCCGCCGAGUGCGCUUCCGCGAGCGAACUUGCAUAUCGAUGUUCUGCUUAGAGUAUCCUUCCAGGAUACGGAGGAAGUGGUGGACCAGUUCCGUGGCAGCGUCAAGGUAGUUGAAGCUUUGGUCCUUGUAAGUUCUAAUGAUGGUGGCAAUUGCAUCGUGGGUUGCUUCUUCGUAAAAUAGACGACUAAGCACGUUUUCGGCGAUCUCUUCGUUGUCCUCGUUGCCUGACUCUGACAUUUCCUGCACUGUGAGAAGAAUCUGGGUAAAACAACGCAUAACGGCGGUUAGUUCAUGCCAAUCUUUCAUCUCGAGUGACUCAUGGAGAGCCUUAUUGAGAGUGAUGAACAUCUCCUGGUUGAGAACACCUGCAACAAGGUUGAAACUGCUGAUAUCCUCGCUGGGAUUCUGACUCGACUGUUUCCUUGCCUUGCGCCUCAUGCGCUCGGCUUCUAGGAACCAUGCCACCAAGUAGAAAAACUGACGGCGAUGAUACUGCAUUACAUGUGGUGCCUCCCUAUCGAUGGUUUUGCGGACAUGUUGGAAUAGGGGGUUGAAGCCCGAGUCAAGGAAGUCCUCGACAAACGAUCGCAACUGGUCAUAAGCACGAGAAUUAAGCUUAGUUGGUAAUCCGAGAUCUUUCUCAUCUUUAUCCCCUUUUCGUGCUCGGCGAGGAGGUCGGAAGGUCUUUGAGUUGUCCAUCUUUUGAUUUCUCGUCGAGGCAUCAGCCAGCGCAUCUUGACCCGAAAGUGAUGACAUCUUGCCGUCGUCUCGCUUCACCCAAAUCAUAGUACCGAAUCGGUUGUGGCGAGUUGGGCCUUUGCGGUUGUAUGCCUUCAACAUGGACGACUCCUUACUCAUCAUAUCGGCAAGCUCUCCAGCCUUGGCCUUACUUAGCUGCUGCUCAUUCAUGAAGAGCUUUUCGAUGUCGACUUGUUUCACUAAAUGGUAUAUAAUCUCCAUGACAGAUGUAUCUUCGGCUCGAAAAUCUUCUCCCAUGUUCGAGGCAAGUGUUAAGAGCACGAGGAAGAUAUCUUGGUAUGAGAAUGCAUCGAUAGUGGCGGAUCGAGAUAUUUGAGACUCAUCGCCUUCGUAUUUGACAUCAGGGGGAGGCUCGAUCAUGGCGAUGUUACGGAGGAAGAACAAGACCAGCUUGAUGAUGCCUUGAUCACGUUGUGUUCGAUCGCCAAUCGGUAUUGCCAUGGACGGGAGAGCCACCCGUAUAGCUGUAUGAAGUACGCGAGCUCCGUCGUAGUUGACAACGGCUCGCUUAUAUCCAACCUGAGCAAGCUCCAGGACCGGCAUAUGGCGGUGGUGAUUGACCGUCAUUCGCUCUCUGUCUCUUGCCAUUGGCCAGGUGAGAGGAACCAUGAGUUCGAAGCAAGCCAAGGCUAUCCUGGACUUGAAUUUGCUGUCCGUGGCGUUUUCGGGCCACGUCGAGAGAAU